AUGGCGACCGCUGUCUGCGGUCUGCAGUCCACCGGCAGUAACAGUAAACCAGCAAAGACCCACCGAGAGAGCCGACGGAAAGCGAGGGACUCCCGGCGAAGGCAGGCAGCUCUGCUGUUCCUCAACAAUAUCUCACUUGACGGACGACCACAGUGUCAACUUAGUGAUGGAAAUAGCGACCAACACGCCGCCGAGGAGCCCCGACUCGGGGACAGGGAAGGCGGCGCAACGGUCGCGCCCCCGCCGGCGGAUAUCCAAGGGCCGGUCGCUCAGGUGACAGACACCGCUGCGACCGGCAGCAGCUCGUCCUUCAGUUUCCCAGGGGUGGUCAGUCCUGCCCGACCUUCUUUGGUAACGUGUCCGGGACCGGCCGGGGCAAGUACCGUGGGAGCCAACGAGGUAUUUUUAGAGAAUGGCAGUGCGGCCGAAACGCUAACCCCGGACACCCCUCUGUCUCCUGUGCCCGCCGCACACCAGCCCUGCUCCCGUGUCAGGUCAACGCCCGCCGCACUCAGCCCGGUCCCGGCCGGGAAUUCCCUCGAUUCACGGCAGAGGUUGAGGAACGUCUCUGGUUCUCCGGGACCCAAGGUGCCAAAGAAAGUCCACUUCAUCAAGAGUAUGAGGCAGUAUGAUACCAGAGGAUGUAGGAUCAUGCUGAUUUGUGCCAAGCGGUCGCUAUAUGCUGCUUUCUCAGUGCUGCCCUAUGGAGAGAGUGCUCAUCUCAGUGAUCCUAAACUGGAGGCUCAGAGACAAAGACUGUCCUCUGUGGUGGCUACUGAUUUGCUUCCUUCCCUGGAAGGUGUGGAGCUGGGCGCCUACGGCAAGACCGUGUCCUACGCUCAGUUCCUUUAUCCAACCAAUGCCUUGGUGAGACAGAAGAGUGGCGGAGUGCCGGAGAACUGCACAGCUCAGACCCCUCAGUCACGUUUCCGUGGCAACGGGCAGAGGAACUUUACCCCUGCUCGUCUAAACAACAGCGCAGCACAGGACCCAUAUAUAGAGGAGGUGGUAGAGUACGACCCUAACCUGCUCAGUGACCCUCAGUGGCCCUGUGGGAGACACAAGAGGGUUCUUAUAUUUGCAUCAUACGUGACGACUGUGAUUGAGUAUGUGAAGCCGUCUGACCUGAAGAAGGACAUGAAUGAGACUUUCAAGGAGAAGUUUCCUCACAUUAAGCUGACAUUGAGCAAGAUAAGAAGUCUGAAGAGGGAGAUGAGGGCCGUGAGCGAGGAGUGCGGUCUCCAGCCCGUCACCAUAGCGAUGGCUUUUGUUUACUUCGAGAAGCUGGUGCUGCAAGGGCGUCUGAACAAGCAGAACAGGAAACUGGUGGCAGCGGCCUGCGUGCUGCUGGCUGCAAAGAUCAGCAGUGAUCUGCGGAAGCCAGAAGUCAAACAGCUCAUAGAUAAGCUGGAGGAGCGUUUCCGUAUCAACAGACGGGAGCUGAUUCCUCUGGAGUUCCCAGUGCUGGUUGCCUUGGAGAUGGGACUUUACCUCCCCGAGAGCAAGGUCAUGCCGCACUAUCGCAGACUGGUGCAGCAGGGUUAGACUGGAUGUGGUAAGCCUGGUGGUUUGACCAGUUUAUAAGCUGUGGUGUUUGAAACAAAUAAUUCUGGUACUGUUUAUUUUCACUGUACAUGAGCUAGUUUACACUCGUCGGCAGAUACUUUAGACUUGUUGGCAUGUGUGCGUCUCUCCGAAUGUCUUUUUGUACGUGUGACGUUCUGAUGUCGAUUCCGUCAUGAGCUCUAUGUUAGAGAUGUUCAAUGAGCACGUUAAUUGUGCUUUUACUUUGGUUUCUCAUGACCCGUUUUUUAGUAUGCCAUAGUAUUCUUAACUUCUAUUUAAAUGAAACGUACGCUGUGAUGUAUGUGUUUGUGAAAAGAAAAUCCUCACCUGCACCUUACUAUACAGCCUGUAUAGUAUUUAUUGUUACAAAGAACCAUACUGUUGAUUUUUGUAAAUGCCUUUUAAAUCCACUGUGACACUGAAGCAUUUUAGCCUUUAGACUGAUACUGUAGAUUGUGGGUGGAAAUCAUGUUUAGAGAAGGGAGUGGCCUUUAAUUUGUUUAUGUUCAUCCAAUAUUUGUAUUGUUUGUCUCACAACAAAACAGCCAAAUUUGUAUUUAUCUUGAACAGUGAGAAAAUAUUAGAAUCUUGUGGCAGCUCUGUGGUUUGGCUUUGUUGUUGGCUGUUCUAAAUUACAGUACACAGUACCACUGAGGUGUCACAUGCAAAGAGCCAGCAAAGAAAAGGAGAAGGUGGAGGUAUGUUAUUUAUAGUAAAUGUGUGGGGUUUUUUUUAUGUUUCAUGUCAUUACCCAGGGACAUGUUUUGUAAAAUGCACUUGAAUUUAUUCCUCAAUAGUCCAGCCUCUUGUCAUAUUUUUCAGUUCUCAGGAAUUUUGCUUUUGCAUUGAUAUACAUAGCUCAUUAAAUCUAACCCAAAGAAGUUCCUGUAGCUAUCGUCACUCAAGUCCCCUGUGCUGCAUUGUAGGUCAACAGAACAUAACUGAUUAUUGUGCUUUCAUUGUGACUCUUAAAUAUGUGGCUCUAUGUGAGAGUUGCGUCUGCAACUACCAGACGGUGUUAACUCUUCAGAUUUGGAUGCACAAGAAUGGGGAAAAAAAGUGCCUGAAACCUCAGUGGCAAAGAAAUGGUCAUAUCACAGGUGAUGUUUAACUUAGACAUUUCUUCGUCUCGCUGCAGUUGAUCUUGAAAUGUUGUUCUUGUCUGGGUAAGAUAAUCACAAACCUCUUGCAGUCAUAGACAUGAUGGUGGUUCAGUUUAUUGUGUGUAUCUGAUGUGGUGACAAAUGUGUUAAAAAUAAACGUCCAAAUAAAUGAUCUGUGUGUAACUGCAGAAAAUGUAAGGUUGGUGUCAAAUGGGGCUUUCAGACAGAAUGUGACAGUGACACCAAUGUGCUCCAAAACCCAUUAUUUAUAGUUUGUCACAGCCACAGGUCAAAGUUCUGAUGAAUGGAAUUGUGACCACUGCACACUGUGAUGAAUACAAGCUUAGAUUCCAGCCAGAUACAGAUGGCAGAAUGAAGGAAAAGGUUAUGUGAAUUCUCUGAAAUAAAUGACACAAGUUUGUUGGUUUUAGGCAUAUUAAGGAUUAAUUGCUAAUUUUUAAUUACUGUUAAUAGUUUAACUGAAAAAAUAAAUGAACCGCUAACAUGCAUUUAAGAAUAUGUAUUGCUGAUUUUCUGUAGUUCCUGGUUGGUCCACCAGGUGGAGCCUCUUACUGUUUGCAGGGAUGGGGUUACAGGUGUGGUUGCUGACCAUAUGUAAGGGUCAUUAAAACAAGUGCACCUACCUGCUGACUGUAAAAGUUGUGUUGAUAAAGUCUGAUGCAACCAGUUGAAAAAAGGUGGCUAGUGGCUGCUUUUUAUUUUAGCUAGCUACCUGAGGCUCAUGCUAAUGGUAAGGUAGGAUUUCAGCUAACUCAGAUCAGGAACUGAGUGUCUGUCAGCACAGAGCAACUGGACUGUGAUUACAUGCUUCCAGCAACAUCAAAUUUUAACAUUAAAUUUUAGUAGUUAGGAACUGGUCAAUCAACAUAUAGAAAAUUGUCUACUGUGGGUUUUUUUUUUUCUGACAAGGAAAUUAUUAAACAUUUGUGUCCCUGGUCCUCUGAGCCGACACUGUGUUGAACCCAGUGGGUAGUGCAGCUAAUGUCGUGUGUGUCUGAAAGCCCCAGAAUUGGUAAAAACUUGUUGUGUAUUCGCACUGUACUGUAAAAUGAAUGUUUUUGAAAUAUAUUUUAAGACACUGAACAGUAAAGAGUUUGCUUUUUCAUUGUGAA